AAGUAAAAACGCAAGCUCGGUUAGUUGCGCGUUUUGAGUUGUUAUAACGGUAAAAUAUAAUUUUGAAUUGCCAAAGUUUGUGCUUGACUUUGAGUUUUCCAAAAUUGAAUUAAAAAAAUUGCGAAAAAAUUAAUAAAAAUUAUAAAUUGUGAAACAGUAAAAAUAAUACAAAAAUUCCGAAAUCGAAAAAUAAUUGGCGUAAAACAGCGAGUGUCAACACUGGCAACUGGCAAUGCAACGAUAUGGCUAAAAUCGCUUGUCGCGCGUAUUUGGCGUAAAUAAUUGUGCCAAUGGCGUUGCAAAAACAACAAAAAAAGUGAAUAUUGAAAAAAAAGAUAAUAAUAAUAUUUGCAUUGUCUGCCAGCAAGUAAUGAGCAGAGCGCAAUUGUAACGAAGUGCAAUAAAACGAACUACUAACUUCAAAAGCAAAGCGCCAAGCUAACGAAACCACAAAAUCAAUAAAGCAAAAAAAUAAAAACAAUAUUACUAAUAAAAUAUACACACAAACAAUAACAACAACAACUAAAAGCAGUGAAGCUGCGCGCUACAAGACACAGCGCCACAAAACGAGGCAACAUGGACGCGGUCAAUUGGUUGCGGUUAAGUCUGCUGCUGACGCUUGCAUUUCUCAAGCUCAGCCACGGCAUACAAGUCACACCAGCACCAAAAGUCGCCAACAUCACAAAGACAUUACUACAAGAAGAGCUUUUGCUGGACACAAAUAAUGGCACUCUUGUCAGUGACUCGGUGUUAAGCGCCUCCGAGCGUAAUCGUCGCCUGAUACCUUACAUGGCUUUCUAUUUACCACCGGAUUUUCCGAUUAAUCAACAAUAUGCGGUUCAAGGACCUAAAGGUGCUCUACCGCACAACAGCAAAUAUACGAAACCGUUGGCUGUGGAAGGUCCUCUACCACCACCGGUCAACAGUGGUCACAUAUCUUUGCCGCAGGAGUACAUGAAUUUACGCGCACCACCACCUGGCAUCCUCGGCGACAACGGUGACUUGGCAUACGCAGCGCCAGCGCCGCCACAACAACACUAUCUUCCAAGUGCAGGCGAUGUCUACCAUCAGUUGGCAUAUGCAGCCGCAGGCCCGGCACCACAGCCGACAGCCAUGCCACAACACAGUCCACCACCGCUCUCGCAGUCCCUGAUCAAUACGAAAAGCAGUAAAGUGCCAGUGUUGCAUUUAUUGCCACCCGGACCACCGGGUCCCACUGUGGCACCCAUCAUCAAGCACAAGCACAAAACUGUACAGCAUUUCCCACCCACGAAGCCGCCAGCGGUGCAACAGCUGCCGUAUGAGCAGCCACAACCGUUGAGACAGAAGACGAAUCGGCAUAAUGCUGUGCACCAGCAACAACAACAACAACUGCAACUGCAACAACAAGCACUGCCGGUCUUUACGUCACAACACGAACUGCAACAUCAGCAGCAACAACAACAACAAUUGCCAGUGUAUCGCCAACAAACGCGUCCAAAACAAUCAAAAGUCAAUUUAACACCAUUUACACCGUCCAAUACACUACCCGGCCAUUUUAUACCGAUUAUUUACACGCCAGUAAACGGCGAUGACAACAACAACAACAACAAUAAUCAUGAUGGCAGCAAUGCACUUCAUUAUGGCUAUGACAAUCCGACGGUAGUUUUGGUUGAUGAUCUGUCGCCACCGCUGCAGCCAGUCAAUCUGCCACAGCAACAACAACAACAUCAGCAGCAGCAACAACAACCGGCACAAUUCAAGCCAAUUUCUCCGCCGCAUGCCACAGCAGACAACGAAUAUACGCUGGUAUCUUCGGGUGUGCCGUUUGAAGCUCCACGCCAACAACAACAACAGCAACAACUGCAACAACAAUAUCAACAGCAAAAGUACAUUACUGCAACUGGCGCACCCGGAGACACACUCGCGCCGCAACAAGCAGAGCUGCCAAGAGGACCCGCCGUCAGCUCAUCACCACUGAUUCCACAUUCAACGACAAGCUCCACCUAUCACAUAAUCAAUGAGCCAUCAGCACCUGUGCAUCCAUCAUUAACAUCUGCACCGCAAAAGCAAACACAAUACAACAACAACAACGUCAAGCAACAACAAACACAUUCACAACGCCAUUUGACGCGACCGCGACAAAAACAAACGCAAUUCCAAUUGCCGAGACCGGCGAGUAUUUUCGAGCCAGCACAGGAAUUGCUGGAACAACAACAGCAACAGCAACCUCAACAACAACACCAACAGCAGGACACCUACACGUAUCUGAAUGAUGAGACGAUGACGCCACAGGAAAAAUACGUGCGCUAUUUACAGCAACGUAUACGUUACAAUAAGCAACAACAGAAGCAACGUGAACGCGCUAAGCAGCGUGAAAAUUUCAUUCAACAGCAUCAACAACAACAGCAAUACGAGGUGCAACAGCAACCGCCACAUUCACAAAUUGUUGUGCUUGGCAACGGUGACGGCGCUCCACCAUCCGCACCCGCGCCACCCUUUGCCACCACCUCCGAUACUCAGCAGCAAUUAGACGCCAACGCACAAGUCAAUUAUCCACAACACAGUCCCAUUGGGCAUGCGGUGUAUCCACAUCCCGAGUUGCAUGUGCCGCCGAAUCAUCAACCACCGUCGAAUGUGGCAACGCUCAAGCAAGUUGUAAAAAUUCCCGUGCGCACUUUGGUCAGCGAGGCAUUGGAUGCAUUCCAACAGCAACAGCAGCAGCAGCAACAACAACACCAACAACAAUUGGCGUUAAAGGGUUCAAGUGGUGGUGGCGUAGCAUAUCGGCAGCAACAGCCUCAGUAUGCAAGCGGUUUGGGCUUAUCCCACCCGCACAGACCGCCAGCAACACAAUAUAUCGACUACAUCGUUGACGACCCCAAGCAAUCGCUAGAUGAUGAACAGCAGCAGCAACAACACAACAUCGUAGGAACCAGCGUGCCACAGAAACCCGAAACACAACAAAAUGCUUUUAUUGUCAUAUCAACCUCAACACCACCAUUGAUUCCCCCGGUCGAUGACAUUAACCAAGAUUACUAUGAGCCGACCCGUAGGCCAGUCUACAAGCAACAGCCGGCACUGCGCUUACAACCAUUGCCGCCGGUCAACAGCAAACACAACUACGCGACAAGGCGUCCAUUUGUGCCGGCCACAGCGCCAGAAGCACAACCGCCACCUCCACCACCAGCGACACCUGAGGAGGUGAUUAAGCCGAAAUUCGCGUAUACCGAGCCGAAGCUCAAUUUUGGCGAUGUUAUAAAACCAGCAACGACAGCAGCAAAAUUGCGACCAUCACACAAAUAUGCCGGUGGCAUCGGCAGCAAGUUGGCACCACUAGCGCCACCAACUGCACCAGAGGUAACACCAUCCACACAGCAACACCAACAGGAGCAGCAACAAGUGAAUUUGCCCGAAUACUACAAUCCACCCGUACCGGUGGCGGCCAAAACCACACCCGUUUUGGAUCCCAACCAAUUGCCCGACAUACGCUCCUCCUCGUUGGCGGAAAUUCUACACAAAUUGCAGGCGAGCAAUCACUUGCCAAGAACGCUGACACCGGAAAAUAUUGAUAAUUCGAUUAAGACACUGGUCAUGAUAUUGGAGAAUCUCAAGCAAACACAAACGAUUGUGCCAAAUCCGCCGCAGCAUCAUGAGCGACCGGCUGUCGCGCCCGACUACGAUUACGGCACGAGUAGCGAAGACUUGAACGGUGCAGCGCCGGACCUGAGUAGUGUUUUAUCGCCAGUUGUGCCAAAUAAGCAUCCCGGACCGAGCACCGGACGCGCUGGCAUUGAUUAUCCCAACUAUGCUGAUAUACCACAAACGAAUUUCAACUGUGGGGAGCAAAGGUAUAAAGGCUUCUUCGGUGAUCCCGAAACGAAUUGUCAAGUGUGGCAUUACUGUGAUUUGAAUGGCGGUAAGGCAUCUUUUCUGUGUCCCAAUGGCACUAUUUUCAGUCAGAUUGCGCUCACCUGUGACUGGUGGUUCAAUGUGAAAUGCUCCACAACUGCACAGCUUUAUGUACUGAACGAACGUCUGUACAAAUAUAUUUUACCAUUUACGCCGAAAUUCCCCGAAGACUACAGUGGGCCACUCGUCGACAAGUAUUUAGCAAUGAAGUUCCAGGAGAUGGAAGAAAAAAUGCGUAUUGAAAAGGAGAAAGUAGAGAAGACGGCACUCGCAGAUGUGGCGGCAACGACAGGCACCGAAACGAGCAACAACAUAGAAAGCGACGAAGUCAGUGACGAUGGCACAAACACCAACGAACACAGCGUCGAUGAUACCGAUGACACCGACGAUGAGGAUACCGAAGUGACCACAGUAGCGGAUCUGCGCACACUGCCACGAGCCAUGGACGCACACAAUAAGCACGGCGCCGUCAAUGCACAUGUGAGCGAGCAGAGCUCGGAGCGUAAUCUGCUGAUCGACGAUGAAGUCGAUGAUAUAGCGAAACGUGGUAGCGUUGAUACAUUUGAAAGUUCCACAAUACCGACCGUAUCGGCGGCAACUUCUGCGAAUAAGUUGGACGAUGCCCCCGCAUUCAGCCUGAAACCGAUUGUGGUCUCCUCUACACAAGGACCGGACUAUGAGGAUGAUGCUAAUGAUGCAUCAGCAGCACAGCAUAAUGUACGAAAUGCCGACGAAGCGGUGAGCAACAGGCUAACAACGGAGGCGGCGCAGACAACAACAAAAGCGCAGGAAAAUCAGAUACAAGUGCAGGCAUCACCGAAGCCGGUGCGUCAAACGAGCAAUAUCGAUGUGGAAAAAGUGGAAGUAAUCGAAAUUAAAGCCGAGGGGGCAGCUGGUCAGCUGGGAGCGAAGAUGUACUAUGGCGCUGAGAGUACAAAGGAGAUGCGAUAAAUGUGUUACGGGGCGGUGAAAACGAGGUAUGAAAGGAAACUCUUUUUGAAAACUGGCAAGCAGCAAACUGCAGUUUCUUUCGAUUGGUUUAAAUGUAGAUUCUAAGUAUAAAACAAACGUAUGCCAUUGGGACUUAAAUUAUGAAACGGAAGCUGUAUGAGAUAAUUAUGCGCGACAUUUUAAUAUUUUUUCUUUCAUGGUAUUAUUUAUAUUUCGUCUUUACUGCAACAAAUGCAACAGUAAUUGUAGUUUUAAGUAUAAGUUAGCAAAUUGGUUAGCAACACAUGUGAAUUAACGCAUGUUAAUGACUACAUGUAUAUGUUACUUGCCAUAUUCAUUAACUGCUUGUUUUUGUAACUAUUUCA